AUGUUAAAAUAAAUCAAAGAGAAGCCACUUUCAUAACUAAUAGUAGAGUUAUAAUAGAAAUAUUAAGAAGAAAAUGACCAAUCGAAUAUAUUCUAGAAACUUUAUCAAUAAUAAGUGGAAUAAGAAAGUUCUACAGAAUCAUCCAAUAUUGUUCCUGCUCUCUUUUCUGGAUCCACAGGUUCUUCGUCCUCCCACUCAUAGGAAGGUAUAACACUUCAUGCAUCAUAGGCGUCGAAAAGAAAAUUAAGAAGGCAAGAAAAAGCCAGAUUCCUAACAAAACUAAUUAGGACGAUAAAAAGCUUUCGAAUGAAACAACAGAUAAAAAAACUUUGCAGAUGAUUCGAAAUAGAAUAUCUGCCUAAAAUUCUAGAGAUAGGAAGAAGGCCUACCUUUAAAAACUAGAAGAGGACUUCAAUAAAUAAUCUAAUUGUCUUCAGGAAUUAACUGAUUAAGUUAGCUAUUUACAAUAACAAUUAGAAGAAGUCUAGAAGCUCAAUUCACAUUUACAAUCCUAGUAAUCAAGUCUAAUUUGUAUGAAUUGUGGAUGCAAAUAAUUUGUCCUUGAAGAAGAAGCUCCAAUUUCUAUUUCUAAGAAUAGAGGUUUGGGCAAAUUAGGAUUUUCAUUUGUUCUUAUAUUAACUAUUUUUGCUUGUCUUAUUAUUAACUUUGACACUGCAACUCAGAAUUUACAAUCCGUCCCAAUUGUCUCAUAUGAGAAACCCCUCAUUAGAGAAUUGAAUAAUACUGAUCAACAAUAUGGAAUUUUGGAGUCAGUUCAAAAUGGUAGAAUGAAAGGAAUAACAGACCUGAUGGAAUAUAAAUCAGAAUAUAACUAUAAAUUUGAUGAUACAACCUAUCAUGCCAUCUUAAAUACGAAAGAGAGUUUUGUCAACGAAAUGAUCAAUUACAAUAAGGAAAAGGCCAAAUAAAAUAAUGUUUAGGCAUUGGCCCCACUAAACUAUCAUAAACCAUAAGUAGACUCUUUUUAUUGUCCAACCGUUUAUAGAUAUGACAACAAAACUAAGGAGUAAUAAUAUUCUAUAAGUUAGAAAAAUAUCGAUUAAAUACCAAGAUGAAUAAUGGAUUCAUUUGGUUAUUCCAAAGAAUAAUGUCAAUAUAUUUUAUCAAAAUCAUGAUAACUCCAUAAUAUUGAAAGAAACCUUUAAAGAUUCAGACACUGAUGUAAAAGAAAAAUAUCAGGAAAUUUGGUGUUAAGUAAAAAGUAUAAAUGACUUCUAUAUUUGA